AUGUUCAUCGCGGGACAGUGGCUCACCCUGGCGUUCGGUCUGGCCUCUGUCGCGGCACAUGGCGGUGCCAUCCGCUCGGAGUACUCCAUCGUCUACGGCGCCGUGGCUUUCAUAUUCUUCGUCAGCGGACUGUCCCUGUCGCCAGAGAAGCUCCGUCGUAACAUGACGAAUUGGCGGCUGCACUUUGUCGUUCAGGGGACGAGUUUUGCCGUCAUACCGGCCUGUAUGCUCGCAAUCCUACACAUCUGCCUCGCCGCCGGAUCCUUGGACAGCGGAACACCUUCCGCCCCCGUGAUAAUGGGCAUGCUGACGACGUCCUGCCUGCCCACAACCAUCGCCUCCAACGUGGUCAUGACGCGCUCGGCCGGCGGCGACGACGCCGCCGCCGUCGUCUCUGUCGUCCUGGGGAACUUGGCUGGCGCGUUUCUAUCCCCCGUGCUCAUCUACGGCCUCGUGCCGCGCGUCCAGGCCCUCGACCAGUGGAAGCCGGCCAAACCGUCCACCCUGGGGGCCAUGUACGUGAGCGUGGCAAAGCAGCUGGGACUCAGCGUCGUGCUGCCGCUCGUCGUGGGGCAGGUUGUCCGUGGCCUGUGGGAGGACAAGACAGUCUGGGUUCUGGGAAAGUUCAGGCUCAAUAAGCUGUCGGGUGUGUGCCUAGCCUUACUAGUGUGGUCAACCUUUUCCGGUGCGUUUCAGACAGGUGCGCUGUAUAAGCUGUCUACUCCCUCUGUCGUGUUCAACAUCUUCCUCAACAUAGCGCUGUAUCUCGUCUUCACGCUUCUGUGCAUCCUGGCUGCCCGUCCGCCGCGCCGUGUCGUCGACCUGGUCAACCCGCUUCUGGGCGAAUCCCAGACGGCCCGUCGCUUUCUGCCAAACAUCGUCCAACGUGCCCUGUGCAUACGUCGUCUAUCCAGGCCGCAGGCCGUGGCCGUGUGUUUCUGCGGCGCGGCAAAGACGACUAGUCUGGGUAUCCCGCUCGUGUCGGCCAUGUGGCACGACGCGGAUAACCUCACUAGGGCGUUUAUCCAAAUACCAGUUCUUCUAUACACCAUCGAGCAGACAAUGGUGGAGGGUGACGUCCCUUCUGCUGCGGCUUCUGCUGCUGCUCCUGACAUUGACAACUGA